AUGUUUAUUUUAUCAGAGAUUGAAGACCUUAUACGAAUACCGCCACAGUCAUUUAACAUCCCUAUUCAACAUUCGCUCACAGAUGAACUUAAUAAGAAAUAUGCAAACAAAGUUAUCCCAAAUUUAGGGCUUGUCAUCACUACAUGGGACCUUCUAGAUAUAAAAGACGGGUUGUUGAAACCAGGAGAUGGUGGUUCGUACGUCCUGGUACGUUUCCGGUGUAUCGUAUUUAAACCAUUCAGAGGAGAAGUACUUACAGGGUGGAUCACCGAGAAUAACGCCAAAGGUAUCAAGGUACGAUUGGAGUUUUUUGACGACAUUUGGAUCCCUGCUGAGUAUUUAUUUGAAAAUUGCGAAUUUGGAGAAAAGGAAAAAGCAUGGAUCUGGAAGACUGAUGAGAGUGAAUUAUACUUGGAUAUCAAUGAAAGGAUCAGGUUUAGAGUUGAACAGGAAAAUUUUUACAAUGUCAAACCAAAGACUUCGAGCGAAGCACUGGGAUUAGAAGAGCCAAAAGAAAAACUACCGGCAUAUAGCAUCACUGCCUCUUGUCAAGCACCAGGAAUGGGAUGCGUCUCUUGGUGGGAGUAA